AUGGAUCCGGGGCCCGGGGCCAACGGGAUGCCGUUGGCUGGCUUAGCCUGGUCGUCGGCCACGGCGCCCCCGCCGCGGGGAUUCAGUGCGAUCUCCUGCACUGUGGAGGGGGCGCCCGCCAGCUUCGGCAAGACAUUCGCCCAGAAAUCUGGCUACUUCCUGUGCCUCAAUCCUUUGGGCAGCCUAGAGAAUCCACAGGAGAACGUGGUGGUCGACAUCCAGAUCCUAGUGGACAAGAGCCCCCUCCCGCCGGGAUUCUCACCAGUCUGCGACCCCCUGGACUCGAAGGCCUCCGUGUCCAAGAAGAAACGCAUGUGUGUGAAGCUGGUGCCCUUGGGGGCCGCGGACACAGCUGUCUUUGACAUCCGACUGAGUGGGAAGACCAAGACAGUCCCUGGGUACCUGCGAGUAGGGGACAUGGGGGGCUUUGCCAUUUGGUGCAGGAAGGCCAAGGCCCCUCGGCCAGUGCCCAAGCCCCGAGCUCUUAGCCGAGAUGUGAGGGACCUCUCCCUGGACUCGCCUGGCCAGCCGAGCAAGGGUGGCUUCCCGGAGCGGACACUAUCCAGACUGGGCUCUCGGGCUUCCACCCUGCGGAGGAGCGACUCCAUCUACGAGGCCUCCAACCUCUAUGGCAUCUCAGCCAUGGAUGGGGUUCCCUUCACGCUGCACCCCCGAUUCGAGGGCAAGAGCUGUGGUCCCCUGGCCUUCUCUGCCUUUGCUGAUCUGACCAUCAAAUCGCUGGCGGACAUUGAGGCAGAGUACAACUAUGGCUUUGUGGUGGAGAAGACGGCAGCUGCCCGCCUGCCUCCAAGCGUCUCUUAG